AUGCGUCUUGUGAUCUUAAUAACGUUGGCAACAGUUGCCACUGCAUACGGUUUCGUGGAAGACCAGACUGUUACAUGGAAUCUUGAUCGUAUUGAUCAAGCAAAAGCUGCAUGGCCAAACUGGAAUUCCCAAAAUGCAAAUUAUGACCCAAUAAGUACUGGUGCAGGCAGUGUAGUUUACAUUCUCAGUACUGGAAUACAGGGCUCACAUAAUAAUUUUGGUCCAGGAACUAUACGUCAGAAUAUAAUAUACGAUUUCGAUUCAAACAAUAUGCCUCAAGGUGCUGAUACACAUGGUCGUGGUACAGCGUUGGCUGGCGUGGUUGGUGGGUCAUAUACAGGAGUUGCCAUUGAUAUCGAAAUCGCUAUUGUUAGAAUAGCUGCAGAUCCGACUUCUGCAAACAUUACACAUGUUCUGCAAGGGAUGCAAGCAAUCCUUGAUGACUAUAAAUUUAGGAAACAAUAUAAUCCUACAAAUUAUUUGCGUGGAGUCGCCCUCGGGAGUGUAUCACUUGAUGUCAGAACUAACCCAGCAGAUGCAGAUGAUAUAGAGAACCUCAUGCUUCAACUGGUAGCUGAAGACCUAGUAGUUAUUGGCGGUGUUGGCGAUGAUGAUAAGGUAGACUGCUUGGACUUGACACCAGCCAGACUGUAUACAGAUAACAGUAUCAUUAUUGCUGGAGGAACAAACAUGUUAGACUAUAAAGAUAAUGCGUCAAAUGUUGGCGAAUGCGCUGAAGUAUGGGGACCUAUGGAGGAGAUUUUGAGUUCAGCAAUUUAUCCUAAUGACACCGAUAGGGUAGACUAUUAUACGUUUGCUGAUCAUACUCUUGCGUUUGGACUUGCUCAUGUGGCAGGCGUUGCAGCUAUAAUACGUGGCCGCUGCCCAGAUACUCCGAACUACCUCGUAGGACCCAUGGUUAUUGAAUAUGCUUUAGAGAAUGGCGGGACAGCACUUAUGCCUGACACUGAUGGAGAAUUAGGCCCAAUAAUUCGUGUUGCGUCCAAAGGAGAACAUCCAAUUUGCUUCACGCCUUGA